UUAUAUCAAUUAAUCAAUUAUUUUAUUAAAAUAAAUGUCAGACAUUGAAUGGUUCAUUCGUCAGUCGACGACUUGGAGUCAUUGCAUGUACCAAUAUUCAUUAUUGUCUCCUUCUUCGGAAGACACCGAAAAUCCAAAUCACUCAUCUUUUAUUUACAGCAUCAACGAAAUAAAAAAUGAAAUUAUUCGUGGUGGUGGUUUUGGUAGCAGUGGGCAUCAUGUUCGUGUUCGCCUCGGACACUGCAGCAGCCCCUACAGAUUAUGAAGAUACGAAUGAUAUGAUCUCACUUUCCUCGUUGGUUGGCGACAAUAGCCCGUACGUACGUGUUUCUAGUGCAGAUUCUGGAGGUUCCUCUAAGACAAGCAGCAAGAACCCAAUACUCGGUCUCCUCAAAUCCGUGAUUAAACUCUUGACGAAAAUUUUCGGCACUUAUUCCGAUGCUGCCCCAGCGAUGCCACCGAUACCACCGGCAUUACGGAAAAAUCGAGGCAUGCUCGCCUAAUAUUGUACGUUCGAAUUUUCACCGGUCGUCUUAUGAUGUGAAUUGUGUUUCCUUAGACACUUAGACACAGGCUGUUGAUUUUACCGCAACAAUAUAUCAUAAUAUAAUCAAGACGGGUGAAACUGUGCAAUAUAACAAUGAAAUAGGUACGUAAGGUAAUAAUAAAGAUAUUCUUCAUAUUAUAUUUAUUUACUAUUUUUUUUUUUUUUUUUCAUUUUCACAACUCAGAACCGACUUAAAGUAGAUAUAAUUAUUAUCAUAAUAUAUUUAUAAGCUAUCUGUUACAUUAUAUUCUUAUUUUAACGGCCAGAGUUAUUACAAGAAAUCUCAGUGUUUAUAUACCAUUAGGCAUUAGAUUAGAAACAACAAGAAUAUACCUAUAAUAUUUUAUAUUACCUAUGUAAUAUAUUAUGUAAUUGCAACUACAUAAUUAGUGUUGAUUAUUUAUUUGAAUAUUAUUUUAUGUAGUCGUAUAUCUUUGAACUUUAAUAUUUGUUGUUUUUUUCCAUAAUAAAUAUACUAAAAUAUAGUUUGAAAAUAUUUUUA